GGGUCCUGUCCUUUGACGCACGACAGUCGCUGAUAGCUACACGACCGCCGCGCCCUCUCGCUCUCGCCGCCGCGCUGCACUCCUCUGCCGUCCAGCGCGUUCCUGCAUCGUCGGCCAUGCGCAGGUGCAUAUCCGCGGGCUUGGCCUGACACCAGACGCUCCCCACUCUCUCGAGACGCCGCAGCAUGAACACGCCCCGGCCAGCCUCUCCCUCCGCCGGGCCCUCGCAGCGCCGCCCCUCGUCACGCAGCAUCUCGCUCUCGUCGUCGUCGGUCGUCACCGUCAAGCCAGCCGCCCCGUCGCAGACACACGCCCACCGGCCCGGCACACCGCCUCACUCGGCACGACGGCGCUCGAGUGCCGCCAACGGCGCAGCAGAUGGCAUUGGCGCGUUCCGUGAAGGCGUAGGCAACCUCAAUCGCUGGUCGCAGUCGACGACGAGCAGCCGCGCCUCGACGGGCCCGCCGCCGAGCUUCUCGCGGAAACUCAGCGUGGGCUCCCCCGGCACCCUGGCCGCGAUCCAUGGAGCAGCGCAGUCGCAGUCUGCCGAGCCCUCACGCCUGCACCUCGCCCGCUCGUCGACGCGCUCGCCGCCCUCGAGCCCGCGCCGCCGCCCACGUCCGCAGGAGCCCGCCGAGCCGCUCUCGUUUGUGCCGCUCGACGCCCAGCCCGCUGCGCAGCCGCCCGUGCUGCUGCCCGCCACCGUCUUCGACCCCAAUUCCCCCACGAGCGCCUCGACGGCCAACUCGCCCUCGACGGCCGGCCUGUUCACCCCGGGCAUCUUCGCCGCCAGCCAGCCCACCGACUACUUCAACCUCAAGGCCCGCGUCGCCCCGCACCCGCACACGCACCAGCACCAGCACCAGCCCUCGCGCAGCAAGACGGAACGCGUGCUGGGCAAGUCGCCCCUGUCGUCGCCGGCCAUCCUCGGCAUCCAGGACGCGGAUUCCCGCCACGCCUUCACGCUGAGCGCGGUCCGGCCCCGCACGUCGAGUCGCCCUGCAGCGCCAAGAGACACAGGCCAGCCGCCGAUCCACGGUGCAGGCCACAGCAGACGGCCGGCGUCCAGAGACCACUCCCGCAGCGCCAGCAAGGACCACCACCGCAGCACCAGCAUCGACCACCACCGCAGCGAGAGCAACGACCACCACCGGAGCAUCAGCCGGGACCACUACCGCAGCCAGAGCAAAGACCACUACCGUAGCGAGAGCAAUACCAGCGACAUCCACCAAGGCUCCCCGCCCCGCACCCGCGAGCGGCGCGAAAAGGACAAGAAGACGAUGCUGUCCAGGGCCUUGCAGAAAGCAAACACGGCCGUGCUGCUCGACAAUGCGCAGAACUUCGAGGGCGCCAUGGAGGCGUACGAGGACGCGUGCAAGCUCCUCCAGCAGGUCAUGAUCCGCAGCUCGCAGGACGAGGACAAGCGCAAGCUGGAUGCAAUCCGAGUCACCUACACCAAUCGCAUCGAGGAGCUGCGGCGGCUAGACCCGGGGUAUACGAACAGUACCGGGAAAUCACUGCCAGCGCGCCCAAUGAGCGGCGAAUCCCUAGACGAGCACCGCUCUAUGCUGCUGACAGAUGACGAGGAGCCGCCUGUUGUGUACAAUGCCACGCCAAGGCUCCCCGAUGAGCGCCCUGUGGCUGACCCCCCUGUCAGUAGACCAGAGCCCGAAACACCACCAGCCUACCCACUCCCCUUCCGCAGGACUGACUUUGAAAACCCACGUGAGUCGGUCAUAUCCACAGCUAUCCGCGAUGUGCAGCGGAAUCUGCCGAGUGCGCAGUUUCACCUGCAACCGCCGCCUGGCCGGCUUGCAGAUCAAUUCAGCGCUAGUGCAGUAGAGUCGCCCAUGGACCGAACAUAUAUGCCCCCGCCUCUCUCCCCCAAGCGAUCGAGAUCGCCGCUGUUCAGUGCAAACAGAGACUCAGACACACUCGAACCAAGCAGAUUACUCCAACCACAACCACCACCGCAGGCCAGGCAUCAGCGAGUCCACAGCAACGAAUCAACGUCAUGGCUGGACACCAUCGACGAGUCUGGGGGCUCUUCGUGCUCUUCGUCUGUACACUCCCUAUCGCCAAGCGGACUGCGCCGGAAGCAUAUUCGAAAUGCUAGCGGAGCUACAGAAGCAGAAUUCGACGCCGCCCUUGACGCCGCUGUCGAGGCGGCUUAUGACGACGGCUACGAACCAUACGACGAGGGGGACAUGAACAUGCCAGCAGAUCUUAUCACGAGCCAAUUAAGAAGCGCAGAAUUAGCUAGGGAACGGACGCGGGAAGCGGAACGGGAAGAAGCGAUUGCAGCGGCCAAGUUCCACUACAAAGAGACACAACUCCGGAAUGAGAUGUUACCUCACGUCAGAGAAAGUGCCGAACUUUCCUUCAACGAAGAGGCGGAAGAGGAGGAGCGGUUGCUGGAUGAGAUGACGCGCGAGUACAUGCUCGAUGGGUUUGAUUUCGACCUGCAGACAAAAUCCUCGUUACCGCGACAGUCGGAUUCGAGCGGCUUUUCGGGAAACACGUACCAUAGUUCGAUUUCCUCGCACAGGACGACGGGUGGAACGUCGCUGUCAACCGUUGCGGAGGUGAUGCAUGCGGCAAACUCCAAACCACCGUCAACGCAGUUUCCUCCACCGGUACCUGCUCCCUCUGGUGCGCUGCCGUCGGUUCCUGAAUUCCAGUCUGCCCAGGCCCUCGAUGCUGCUGAAGUGACACCCCGGCCCUUGACUGCAACCAAGGAAGCUGCUUCUGUGAGAAGUAGGAGAUUGUCAGGGCAGAACGCCAAGAUGCUUAAGAUUGAAACAUCCUUGCCAGCAGUACCUCCAGCCCCGCAAACAGAGAAGCCCCCGGUCCCAGCAAAGGAUUCGCCUACCGACGUACUCCCAGGACCAAAGUCAGCAGCUGCAGUUCUCGGACAUAAUAGCGCGCAGUCUAGUCUGGAUACUUCGUUUAAAUUGCCAGUACUCCCACCAGUGUCUCAAACAGCGACACUUGUUGCGCCUUUGCUGCAUCCUGCUCUCCCCAGUCCUGCGGAUACCACCGUCACUGUUUCACCAGCGACACCUAAUGUCGGCCAUCCUUUUAACGAGUCAGGUCUCGCUCCCGUACCAGGCUCACCGAAAAAUGGCAUCGGUGCAGUCAUGGGCAUUAGGAAGAACAAGUCAUCUCUCAGUCUGAAGCCGCGCACGCUGUCCAUAUCAAGUCCAGACGGCUCGGACGCGUCGAUUGGCACGCCCCUGAGCACAACAUUCUCAAUCACAGGGCGAAAACACAGCGUUGCGGCGAUACCGCUCCAAACACCCAGUCUGUCCGCUGCAUUCAGUAUCGAUGGGCCGGGCGGUGGAAUGCACCUCUUCGAGAGCGACAUCCACUCGCCCUUCUCCCCCGGCUCGCCCAACGUCGACGUCGCAAACGCCCCCAUCCCCCUCGAACCAUGUCCCGACUCGUACCUCCUGCGGCCCUUCUGGCUGAUGCGCUGCUUCUACCAAACCAUCGCCCACCCCCGCGGCGGCUACCUCUCCAACAAGCUCUUCAUCCCCCGCGACGUCUGGCGCGUAAAAGGCGUCAAGCUGAAAAAUAUAGAGGACAAAAUCGCAAACUGCGACCUCCUCACCGCGGCCUUGCAGAAACUCGCCGCCGUUGAUACCCUCGACGCGGAGGCCGUGCUCGGCGAAAUGCAGUCCCUCGAGUCCAUCCUCGAUCAGGUUCAGGCCCAAUUGGUCAAGAAACUCGGCAGCGAAGUCGGCUCCCAAUCUAUAUCCGCCCUCUUCAAAGACGCGAAUACCGUCGGCGACAACGCUGCGUCGCAAGCUGAUGCCGCUGCGGGCGGGAAGGGCUCUCAUGCCUCGCAGGACCAUGCGCCAAAGGGCGCAGUCGCACAGGGCAAAUCGUACCUCGCGUCCUGGCGCAAACUGCGCGCGAAGAACUCGGGCGUCAAUCUAUCCACCGCGGCCGGUGGUAGUAAUAGCAAUAGCACCACCACCAACAACAGCAGUAAUAGCACCAACAACAACACAGCCUCAGCAACAACAACGAAACCAGACCCCCAAAAAGACACCCUCGUCAUGCCCUCCCUCCCCAUGACCAGCCUGCCCACCAUGCGCCUCGCAAAACGCGACGUCGCGAGCGUGCUCUUCGAUGGGCCGAAUUCGGGGUAUAUGGGGAGCUUGGCGAGGCUUUUUGAUGCUGUGCAGAUCCUUGACCAAAUAGCCCGCCAAGUAGAAGACCCAGGCCUAAAGUUCUCGUCCACGACACACAUCGGCCUGGAGUUCUCGGCGCGGCAUGCGGCGACGUUUUUUGGGUUUUAUAUUUGUCGCUUUGUGCUGGCGGAUGUUACGUUGUUGUUGGAUAAGUUUAUUAAGAGGGGGAGUGAGUGGGUGUUGGUUUGAUUCAGG